GUCCGCUCAGCUCCCUCGAUAUUUUGCACUCAUAUUUCGCUUCUCCUAAAGAUUGAUUUCCCUACCUCCGCGUGUUCUAGGGCGUGACAAUUCGAUCUUUUUAGAUUCUAAGCGGGCGCAUUGAAUUUCUUGUAGCCUUAAAUUAUGGCCCAUGAUGAGGAAAAAGGGCUGGCAAACGUCGAUGUGAGGGACUACGCGGCCCCAAAUAGACAAGGGACAUUCAUUCCCGGAGUCGACGAGCAAGAAGACGAAGGUCGUUAUUUUCCCCCUUCUCGGGUAGGCACAGGGGUUGCAUCGACAGGCCAACCCGAGUCCGCUCCUGGAACCCGGCCAACGAGCGCCAUAAAUAGUUUGAAUAGCAAUGCAACAGGACCCAGAAAUUCGCGACAGGAUCGGAACGAUACCGAAUCCAUUCCACCGGGCACUCGGCCCAAUUCGCUGAAAGAAGGAGAGGGCUAUCCAGAACCCGACCCUCCCAUUAUUCGCGAAGAUCUAGCUGACAUUCGACCUGACGCUGUUCAGGAAGCCGAUGAUGUUCACUUAGGUGCUUGGCUUGUCAAUCAGUUCAAGUCAGAUUUGUUCCAUGCGCACUGGGAUACACGACCAGAGAAAGACAAACGACCGCAUUUGAGAAUCAACCUGGCAGGCCUGAACCGUAUGCGUAUGCGAAAGCUACAAGUUAAGCUCGCUCAACAAGUGAUACAUAUGCGUUAUCAUGAAACAGAACCCAAGGGCUGGGAAGAUUUGCUCUCACAGUAUAUCAAAGCCUCCAAAGACUCUGACUACAUCCGGAACUGUGUGAAUCGAAAAUUGGACGAUCCAUUUGUUGUAAUAUCUGAAAGAUGGAUCGAUGCGCAGGUUUUCAAGACCUUGCUGGACAUGGUACCCCCAGAGAAACGCAAAGGGGAUAAACUCUGGGACGAGGAUGGACGGGUGACUUCAUUUGCGAAACCAGUCGAAACAGGACCAGAGCCUAUCGGAGGAACACGCGCUGAGAGAGGGCAGAAACAAAGGACAGAGGAGUUCUUCACCCGUCUGGCUUUCUCCGUGAUAGGUGGAAUCUUCCUCGUUGCCCCAAUGUGGCUGAUGGUGCUCCACAACACCAGAUACACUGCCCUCGUUACCACAUCGGUAGCAGUGUUAUUGUGGGGCAUGGCGAGUGCUUGGAAACUUGAGGGCGGUCCACUCGCAGUACUGUCUACUACCGCAGCCUAUGCGGCAGUGCUGGUGGUAUUCGUGGGCACAAAUACUUCAUCACAAUAAAUUAGCGUGUUCGCAACAGAAGUCUGUAGGCUGUAGAAUCUUUGAUUUUAAAUCAAUCACUGUAGACAUUCAUACAUCGAUUUAUGUAGAGUCAUAUCACUGCUGACUAUCCAUAUAUUGCUGUUAGAAUGUUUAGAGGGUGGAAGCAUUCAUCUAUCCCCCUCCUUUGCACACAAAUGGUACCUGUCUCUCAACCUAAGGGGGAAGUCGGAAAUAGUCCUGGCCACCCACUAUUUGUUAUGAUCACCACCCAAGCACCGUUAUAUCUAAUAAAUAAUAU